CGGGGACAGGGAGAAGGUUGGGCCCCAUGGCCUGACACUGCUGAUCUUGCCCACUUUUGUUGUGUAGUCCCUCUCUCACCCCCCUUCCCUCCCCGUCUCCCGCCCAGCUCCCAGAGCCCGCCAUGAGCCCGCAGGCAGUUUUGGAAUGCUUCUGCCUGCUUUGCUUUUCCUUCAUGAGAACAGCAAAAGGGGAUUUGCAGCCACUUUCUUUCCAGCCCAGGACACUGUAUCAGUACCACUACACCCUGGAUGUCCAGCUGGACCACAUGGCCCCACCAUCCCCUGGGGGAGUCUGGCUGAGGGCUCAGGCGUCGGUCCAUGUGCACCGGCUCUGGAGGGACCAAAGCGGGGAAGAGCUGCUCCAGGUGCAGAUCCGUGACCUGAGAGCCCAACACAAGCCAGAUGAGGAGAGGAGCCAGGAUGGCCCUGGAGGUCCCCCUGCAGAGAUUGAACUGAGCCAGGAGGCAAAGGCUGAGCUCCAGAAGCCGGUGUUCAUCUCCUGGAACAGCGGGAAGGUCAAAGCUUUCUACGGGAAUGAAGCAGAAAGCAGCCUGAUCUCCAACUUGAAGCGAGGCAUCCUCAGUCUGCUCCAGCUGCAGCCCCAGGCCAGCACCACGGUGGAGGAGGAUGCCUCUGGGAGCUGCCAAGUCACCUAUGCCGUGUCCAACCACUCCAUCACCAAGACCAAAGAUCUCCUCAGCUGCACAAAACCAACCUCUGGAUUCACCUCUGUAAACAAAGUUUUUGGAGUUGAGUGGCAGCCCAGCAGCAGAAGCCAGUAUGUGGUGAAAGACAACCUCCUCCAGUCGGCCCUGGCAGAGGAAAGCCACGUGCUGGCUCCAGCCCUGAGGUCCAGCUCCAGCAUCAAGAUCAGUUCGAGGCAGCAGCUCCAGCUACUGUCUCCUCCGAUGCCUGGUCCAGCAGAGGUGUCUGGACAAAGCCUUGAGGAUGUGCUGGCUGGCACAGAGGGACGGCACCAGCCCCUGGGCAUGGCCAGCCUGCCCUUCAGGAGGGUCUGCACCAACUGCCCGUCGCUGAGAGCCCACCUGAAGGCUUUUGACAGAUGGGGAAUCAAAACAGACCCCUCGAAGGUGGCGACUGCCUGGCAGUUCCAGAGGUUCAUCCAGAUGCUGCGCAGUGCCAAGAAGAGAGAUGUUCUGGAGGUGCUGAGGAGAGCUCCUGAGGAGACACGCCCCUUCAUCGUGGAGGCAGCAGUGGCUGCACAGUCAACGGCUUCCUUGGCAGCUCUCUCAGAAUUCCUGGAUUUCAGCAAGGAGGAGCCCAAGUCCCUCCUGGAGAAGUUUCUCUAUGCAGCAGCUUUCUCUCCCCGGCCUUCGGGAGAGCUUCUCCACCUGGUCUUAGACAAGCUGGAUGGGAAGCAACUGGCCCCUGAGAUCUGGGAGACAGGGAUAGUUGUCCUGGGCUCUCUGGUGGGCAAGCUGUGCCAGCAGAAGCUGUGUGGGCUGCAGGAGGUGGAGCGUGGGGUGGAAACCAUCCUCAGGGGGCUGAGAAGCGCCGAGGAGGACGCUGAGGUGGUCAUUUACCUGCUGGCGCUGGGGAAUGCGAGGCUCCCUGGAACCAUCCCCACCCUCCUGGAGCACGCUGAGGAGGGUCCUGCUGCUGUCACCACCACGGCCAUCUCUGCCCUGCGGCGAUUUCCUGCUCAGAACAUCUCCAGCAAGGUGAAACGAGCAAUGAGGAGGAUCUUCCACGAGAAGAGGAAGAGCUAUGAAAAAACCUGUCGCCUGGCUGCUGCAGAAAUACUCCUGGAUAACCACCCCUCACCCAUGGAUGUCAUCAACAUCCUGCUGGCCACCCAGGAGAUGGAGACAGAGAUGGCAAAAUUGCUGCUGCUGAAGGUCCAGAACAGCCUGAGUGCCCACCACCACCCAGCAAGGAAGAUAAUGAAGGACAUCAUGGGAGUCCCGCAGAUAAAUAACUACAACUUCUUCUCGAAAGUUGGCACCUCCUCUUCUUUCUCAGGACCUCUGACAGUCACCCAGGACCUGCUUUCCACCUUCGGGCUGGACCUGCUGUUUUUGGAGGGAGGAUUCCUGAGGAAGAGCAUCUCUGAGUUCUCGCUGCUCAGCCGUGGCCGGCGGCUCCGCGCGGCUCAGGUCACCAUUGAAGCACAAGGGAUGGAGUCGAUGAUGGGAGAGAACAUCUCGGAUGGGGAAGAGGAGCUGGAGCUCAUGGCUGGGAUGUCUGUCACCUUCUUCGACGUUCAGCUGCGGCCGAUCGUCUUCUUCCAGGGAUACACAGACCUGAUGGCCAAGGUCCUCUUAAGCAGUGGAGAGCCCACAAGUGUGGUCAAAGGGAACCUCCUGCUGAUGGAUCAUUACCAGGUCAUUCCUCUGCAGUCUGGUCUACAAGUGACCAUCAAACUCCAGGGUGGGCUGGGACUUGACAUUUCAGCCGACAUGGACGUGGGCAUUUGGGAGCAGGAACUGAAAACCAGCAUCAACACGAGGGGAAGCCUCUCCGUGGAUUUCCAGGCAGAACUAGACUCCACUUUCCUCCAAGCCACCCUGAGGAGCCAGACAGAGGUGGAGACCUCAAUCCAUUUUGACACCACGCUGAGGUUUUCCAGCAGCCCCGUGCUCAUGUGCCUGCAGCUGAGAGAGGAGCAGGUCCCAUACAGAGAAAUCUUCACGGUUUCCAAGUCUGCUGGGAGCCAGAGCAGCACCACUCGAAAAGGCAGGCGUGGCACCAUGCCCGGGAGGGAAUUUGCCUUGCACCAAACCAACUCCAAGGUCUGCAACCUCCUGCUGACACUGGAAAAGGAAUAGGUGAGUCAGAGCACUACAGGACUGGAGAAGUGCCUUGUCUCUGCCACACACCCCUGUGAACCCAGCAUGAGCUGCCAAGGGCCCUGCCCAACCCCUCCACAGCCACCUUUGAAUCAGGAAAACGCUGCAAUAAGGACACCAGGAGAGGCCACAAGAGGAAAUGCUGCAGGACAGCCAGAGGCACCCCUCGCUCGGGGCUGGAGGAGCCAAACCUGCCCUCACACCCCAAAGGCUGAGAUUUCCCCCACCUGGACUCUUCCCCUUCACGGGAAAGGCCUUGCUGGAAGCCGGGCUGAUCCUUGUGAAAAACAGGGCCAUGAUUUCUCACAGCCCAAGAAACCCUCCCACAAACCUACAGCCCCAAAUGCCCCGUUUUCUCCCCAUUUAUUAAAGCAGUUGGGAGGGAGCACAUCUGCAGCCAGCUGGGAGGAAAUUCCCAGUGGAGGGAGUGAAUGACCCUCUUUUAACACACAGCUUUUGUGGCUGCCAAAUUGUCCAGGAACACGUUAAAAAAUAUCUCUGGAGCAGGUGUGAUAUUUUUUAACUUUUUUUUUUAAUGCAUCCUCAGAGAUACUCACCUCAGAAUAAUUCUCAGGGAGAGAGCCAGAGAAGCAAGACAAAAUGUUAUAUGUUCUUUCUGGCUUAAAUGUUUGCAUUUAUUUGCAUGCAAAGGCAACCCAGCUCCCCCCUCACAGCUUGGAGCCAUCCUCUUAUUCCUGGGGGGAAAUUUGCACUCUGUUGCCAGGGAUGUGGUUGGUGGCCUCCUGCUCUAGUGUCUGCACCUGAAUUUUUCCACGUGUUCUUUCCUUCUAGGAUAGGCAGGACUGCAGGAAUCAUCUGAGGUCAUUAAAAACACCUUGAAAUUAAAACCCAUAAGGGCGCAAGCAUUUUAGUGUUUGCCAAGAGUGGGUUGAAAAGGUGUUUUGAGAUUAUCGGGACUCCUAGGAUGGAGUGAAAACACUGAAAAUGGAGAAAUUACAGCUCUAACAGGUGGCACACAGAGCUGGAUCUGAAGUCAGCCACUCUCAGCUGGGCAACCAAAUGAUUUCAAAGCUGCCAAGGUGUUUUAAAAGUUCUCCAACCUCGGGUAUUAUUAUUUUUUUAAUGAGUAAUUGGUGGUGCAGCCCACCCCAUUGGGCAAAUACAGAUGUGGCUGCCACAGAGGGCAAAAGAUCCUGUUUGACUGACAUGGUCCCUCCUGGAUGUGAGAAUCUAUCACAGAACAGUUUGGACCAACAUUACGAAGCUGUUACUUCAAGUAAACAUCCUUCAGGGUGGACAUAAUUCAACCAAAACUGUGAAAGUUAAAUAGUGGGAUCACACCUCCAUCCCAUCAUCCCAUCCCCUUCCUCCUCUUUAUCAAGACCAGCACAUACUAGAUGUGCCUUCUGCUGGUGCCUGCAGACUCAAAACCCAUCAAUCCAGAGGUGACUCCUGCCUGCAGCCUCUCGUCUUCGUUUUUGAUCCAAAGUUUACAUAUUAAUGGAGAAGCCUCUGGCCUCUCUUAUCUCCUGAACAGCAGUUCCCCUUCUCUUUUAAUCGAGGCAGCAGAUGGAGAUAAGAUUCCCUCCACCCUGCAUGGUGGAAGGCAGCGUUCCAGCAACAGAUACAGCAGCUUCCCUUUUCUGCUGAUACUUGGGCUCUUUUGGCAACCAUUUAUGAAAAUCACAAUUAGCUUCGAGUAAAUAUUGUUCUUCUGCUUUGCACUCUGCUCUCCAGCUGGAUUGUUAUCAGCCACCACCACCCAACACCUCUCCAGCACUGGAGGGAGGCUCAUGAAGAAAAAGCAGUAUUUCUUCAUUCCUCCCUGAUAAUAAUGUGCAUUUGAAACAUUUUUAGCCCUUUUCUGUGUGUUAUAAAACGUGCUUUUUAGGAAAAAAGAGAGACAUUGAGUAUAUUGUUUCAAUUAUGAGUCUGACAAUGUAGCACUGAGUCUCCUGGGUUAGGGGGAGGAAAAUUGUUUGGGUUUCCAUCUGGGGACACUAAUUACCAGUGCUUUGGUUAUGUAGGGAAAUAAAUGCCAUGUGCUUUU